AUGAGACAAACACCAUUUUAAAAUGCUGGUCAACAAAGUUUCAAUAAUCCUGCAAUGCAAAUGGUAUCUCCACCUUCAUAACUAAAUUCUUUUAUGAAUGAUUACGAUUAAUUAGUUAGACCAGGCGAAACGACAAAUAGAAGACCAAGGUCAAGAGAGUUGGAUAUGAUGAAUUUGUUACUCAUUGGCAGCAUGAAUAAAGGAGAUAAAAGAAGUGGUCUAGAGGGUCUAGAUUAGUUUUUGGGUUCUCCUAAUACAACAUAAUAAUCAAUGACAACUACCAAUAGUUUAGCCAAUUUUGGUUAAUAGUUACUAGGGUAACCUUUUGGAAUGAGUCCAUUCGAUCCCCUCAUGCCAAACUCAUAGCCAAGGGAUUAAAGAUCUAUGCCAAUAAUGCCUAUGCCUUAACAAUUUCCUAUGCAAUAACCACAAUUUCCUAUGCAAUAACCGUAAUUCCCUAUGCAGUAGCCAUAAUUUCCUUUCCAAUAACCAUAAUUCCCAAUGCAAUAACCAUAACUCCCUUUUUAAUAAUAGUAAUUCCCUAUGCAAUAACAAUAAUUUCCUCUAUAACCACCAUAACUUCCAUUCAAUUAGCAAUAAUUUAAUACACCAAACCAUUAGAUCAAAAAUUAAGAGAAGUUGCUAAUUAAUGGACAGAUGGGUGUGACUGUGAAUUAAACAACUCAACAACCUCCUGAAUUGCAAGAACAACCAAAAAAUAGGAUAAUUGAUUACAUUGCGAGAUAAAAUGAAGUACUGGAAAAGUUAACAAAAAACAUGGCAACAUAGAGGGAGAAGGAGAGUUAGGAUGAAAAGCAGAAGCUUUUGGAGAGAAUGAAGAAAUUGGAGGCUUAGAAUGCUUAGGAUGCCUUUUAUAAUGAUAUGUACGAUGAAGUACCUCCUCAUAUGAGAUAAGGUUAAUAAUUUAAACCUCCUCCAGGUUAUUAGUAUCAACCUUAUUUUUAAUAAUAGAAUUUAUAUUAACAAUAAUUUCCAACGAUGCCCUAUCCUGAAAAAUAAAAAUCAAAGUAGUAAACAUUGUAAAUGUUGAGAAUGUUAAAGCAACUUAAAAUAACAAAUCAGAGAAAGAAGAACAAAAAGAAUAAGAAAUAACUAGAUUUGGAGGAAAUUAUUAAUGAUCAAGCAGAAGUGGAUUCGUUUACAAGUGAAGAAAGCGAUCCAGAACCUAGAAUAAUAUAAAAGCCAAGAGUACUAAAACCAAGGCCAAUUCCACCACCUCCCACUUACGAUCCUAAAGAUGACGAAAUCCAAUUAAAAAAACUAAUAAAAAAUCGAGGAAAGAAGAAAUUAUAUUUGCGCUUCAUAAUGCUAUUUUUUUAUGUUUGGAAAUACUGGGAUAUGAAAAAGAUAAUUUAAGCCAAGAAACAGUAUGUUAAUAAGGAGGGACCUGAGAUUCUCCAAAAGUUCAUGGAUGAUUCUCAAAAUUUAUUUGUUAGAGUGUUGAAAACUACUAUUGAUGAGCUCCUUCUACCCAAUUUAAAUAUUUAGGUAGUCCCAAAACCUAAGCAGAAGAUUUCACCCAAUCAAAUGAAUCAGAAUAUCAAAAAAUUAAAGGAGCUAUUGAAAAAAGUAUUUGAUGGUGUGACUGAUAAUGCUAAUGAAACUGAUUUUACAGAGAAUAUGUUAAUUUACUUGAACAGCAUCACAUGCGAAUAUGCAUAUCUAAUGGACAGUUAACAUUUAAAGUUCGAAAUCAAUAGAUUGAAUUUCACAUAUCAUGGAUCUUUGAAAAAUAUGGAACAAAAGAAGUAAUUCAUGAUGAUUGUGGUUUCAAUGAUAGUGAAGAUCUUAUUAUAUAGGUUUUUAAGUAAAGCACAAUAUCUGGCUUAAAAGGCCAACGUCACUGACCAAACCAAAAUCAAUAUAAAGACCUUAACCUCUGUUGUUUAUGAGAUCUUUUUAUUGUAUAUUAGAGGAGCAACUGCCAUCUAACCGAAUAAUACAAAGGAUUUGCCUAUAGAAAAUGUGGUGAAAGAGAAGAAAGAUAUGUAUUACCAACUUGAGGGUUUUGAAGCAACAGAAGAGGAAAAAGCCAAGUUAGAAGAAGCAAAGUAGAAGGCCAAUUCCAAGGAUGAGAGGAUAGAUGAACCGAUGUUAUAUCCCAUCUAUAGUGGUAGAGAAAUGGCAGCUUUUUUUGACGCAGAACGACAAUAUGUCUCAACGCUUCAAUAGAUGGUCGAGGGUUGGUGUGAGAAGGUUUGCAAUAUUCUGCAAAAUUACAGAAACGACAAGGAGGCCAAAAGGAAGGAGGAACUGAAAAAAAGGAGGGAGUCAAUCAACAAUUCUCUUGCGAUUAAGAGAGAUAGAGUGAAUAAAAUAAUUUAAUUAAAUAAACAAAGAGAAGAAUAGAUAUCAUAAGAGAUAGAGGAGCUCACGAAUAAGAUUGCCGAGAGCAGCGAAAAUGCAAAACGGGCUAAAGAAAAUUAUGAUUAAAUGCAGAGGUAAAGGGAGGAGAGACAUAACAAUAUGCUGUUGGGGCCGAGGAAUAUGGGUUAAUAAAUGCCUAAUCAAUAAGAUGGCCAAUAUGGAUAACCAAUGAGAAGAUAGUUUUGA